GCUCAGAUUUCACUCCUUCCCAGACCUGGAGUGGGUUUGAAGGUCUGUGCUGAAGAGAUGGUUAAUAAACACCAAAACGGAAGUCAGAUUGAACAUUAAAUGUAAGAGAUUGACUUUUCUCUCUCUCUCUUGUUUAGUUUUUUCCUGCAAUACAGUGGAUACAGUUUGCCACGGCUACUCUCAGUGUUAUAGGUUCGAGUUCGCUUAUCACUUAUGCUGUGUUCCAGAACCCACAGACGUCUGCAGAGAUAAAACCACUCUUUUACCUGAGUUUUUCUGACCUGCUCCUGGCAAUUUGCUGGCUCAUCAAAGCACUUCUCUAUGGAACUUCGGCAGCCCACAAGGACAGCAUCUGCUAUAACCUACAGACAGUCGGGGAGAUACUGUACCUUGCCUCCCUCCUCCACACCAUCAGUUACACCUGGCAUCUGCACACGGAGCUGAGGAUGAAGCACAGCCAGAGUGGACAGGGCACAGCUGCACAGGUGAUAGAUCGUAGUCACCAAUGUGGUCACGUGGUGUUCAUUUUGUCAAGCCUGAUACCUCUGCUGUUGAUGACACCUGUAUUCUGUCUGGGCAAUGUCAAUGAAUGUUUCCACAACUUUAGCCAGAGCCACAGGUGCAUCCUAAUGUACUCACCACCGCCAGCCACGAUUGAGCCCCUCCCUUCCACCAACACAUCCGUCUGCAGCACCCUCUAUUUUUAUGGUGUCACUGUUUUCCUGGCCAGCUUUUUCUUCAGCCUCCUCCUCAUCACGGUCCUACUCAUCCAUGCCCAGACAUUGUAUAAGAAGUUUGUGAAGUCGACAGGCGUUCUGGAGAGUGAUCAGUGGGCAGUGAUUUACACUGUGGGUCAACGAGUACGCUUCUUCCCAGUGGCCUUUGUGUGCUGCUGGGGCCCAGCUGUCACACUGCUGAUCAUCAAGCUGACCAAGCCACAGGACACCUCCCUGCACAUGGCCCUCUCUGUGCUCCAGGCUCUCACGGCAGCAUCCCAGGGUCUGCUCAACUGUGGCAUAUAUGGCUGGACACAGUGCAAGUUCCAGCAGCUGAAGCGUCAGCCUCGCCGUGACGCCGAUACUCAGACGCCGCUGCUGUGCUCACAGAAGAGAAUCUACAGCAGGAGCCUGGACCCACUGGAGUCUUCUCUUGCUUUUGCUUCCAGCUCUUCCACCAUUCUUUGAAACUGUGGAAGUGGAACAUCCAGGAAGUGAAUGUUUCACGUGAGCGAACUCUGCAGGUCUGCAGGGAACACCCUCUGUCUCUUCUGGCCAUACCUCAGGCCGAAGAACUGAAAGGGAACGGAACGGAACGCCGUGGUCAGCAGCGAUUCUGGGUGACUUAGGAAGGAUCUCUCCAGGUGCUCGUUCAGGGAGAGAGAGCCGCUAUCUCUCUAAGAGACUCAGCACUUUGACAAACACUAGACGUAUUCACAUCUCUUCAAGAAAAAAUAAAUUUCAGGUUCAUGUGUAUGUGUGUCAUUGGCAAGGCCUGCUCCGUGAAAGCAGGGGAAGCGGGGAUGCCAUGCGGCAACUCCCCGGUGUGCAGGGGGUGACUCCCUGGUGUGCAGGGGGCGACUCCCCGGUGUGCAGGGGGGAUCCUAAUGAGGUUGCCUGCAGGCCUGAGAGCGCUCGCCCAGCCCACUGCUCCGCCAGAUGCCUCGUCCUCAGUGUUGAAUAGAACAGUUUUUAUGUAGAAUGUUUUGUAAGACUUUAUUUUAAACUAUAAGUAGAUUUGGUGGCUGUAUUCAUCUGAAAUAUUUCUGGCUGAGCAAAGCUUCCUUAGCGACCAUUACAGCUAUGGUGGCAAAUCCUAUGUCCUAUACAUGGUGAGGGGAUCGAUCACAGUUGCUGUGGAAAGCACAGAGGUCCCAGCAUUAGAGCCAGGCUCCCGGGACAGUGGCAGCUGUCACCACAGCUGGGUUCUUAGUGUUCCCAACGGCAUUGUUCCUUGAGCUCUCACAAGCCCAAGGCAGUUCUCUUUCUCCACAGCAUCAACCGUCAGUUCAGCACCCAGACAGUUUCCUAGGAUUUCUACCCCAGACAUACUGGUAGAGAUGGAUUUCUGGGCAGCAGGGAGACCAGAAGGUCCCCAGGAUUUAGAUCCGAAGAAACAGGCUUAUACAGUGAACAGAAGUGACCUAAAGUGAGUUUCCUGAGCACACCCCCCAGUCCUUGCCCUGCAGG